CUCGGGGUGUGUACAUACAUACCUUGUCAUUGAAUGUUUGGAUCUUCUUCUUGGGUUUAUGUUCUUAAAAGGGUUCAUGAAUUUUGUUACUGAGGUGUUAGUCGAAAAUUUAUGUGUUUUUUCUGGAUUCAGUGGCAUCGUAUUAUAUUUAGUGUUCUUAGGAACUUGCAGGUGUUUAAUUUUGUUUAAUGAAUGGAAGUGAUUGAUAAUGAAGCUUUCCUUGUUAAAAUGUCUCUGGUUUGUCUUUCUAACGAUCCUAUGAAAAUCUUGGUAGAGACCAGGAGAAUAUAAACAGAGGAAGUUCAUCUUAUAGAUUCUGUAUUAGGGAGAGCAGUGCAUGAUAUGGAUGACUUCUUGGAUCACCUUUUAUAUUCCUCAUCUUGGCCAGAUGAAGAUGUGAAGGAAAGAUCGCCUUGGGUUUGUAGUGAAUCUGUUCGACCAAAUGGAAUGGCUUUAAAUUCAGUUGGAGUUGAUGAAGAUGAUAACAAUUCACCUAAAAGUAUGAUUAAUUCAAACCACAGUACAGGAAGCAUGGCUGCUCAGGAUGCUUCAUCGGCUGUUCUUGGUUCAGAGUCAGAUCAGUAUGGUAUCGACAAGGGUUUGCAAUAUUCAGCAGAAGCUCAAUUCCAAGAUGAUGGCCAAAAUUGCUAUACCAACACCACAAACGGAGCAUUACAUGGUAGCUUAGAAGUUGGAACUCUUGGCAGGCAAUACAAAAUGGGCAUUCCAAAACCAAGCUCACCGAAUCAUGGUUUGCCCGAGAAUAUGCCGAGGCCAUCUAUUCCCUGCACUGGUCCAGGAUUCUUCCAAUGGGAUAAUGCUGUACCACAACCUUGUUUUCAAAGAUUUCACAAAGAUUUUCGAACCACCCUUUGUCCAAUUCCACUUGGCCCUGUUCCAUCUUAUGUGGGUAUGUCUUCCAUGCCACUUAGUAUGGGGCAAGAUAGAAAUAUUGGAGGAUUUGGUCUGCCUGGAGGUUAUGUUGAUAAUAAUUUGUUUGUCAUGGAAGGCAAUUCUAGGAACUUGUCUCAGUCAGUCACCUCAAAGGUUAAACAUGACCUGCAUAAUUAUACUAUACCUGCUUUUGCUUCUGGUCCCCAAACUACGUUGGAAACGGCUGGAAUAAUGCAGUCUGUACCACAGACUGCUUUAUCUGCUUCCCCUGGUGAAUGCAAUGGAAGUGGGAAGCCUCGAGUGAGAGCACGGCGAGGCCAGGCCACUGAUCCACACAGUAUUGCUGAAAGGGUUCGAAGGGAGAAAAUAGCUGAAAGGAUGAAAAAUUUGCAAGAACUUGUACCAAAUUCCAAUAAGACUGACAAGGCAUCCAUGCUUGAUGAGAUCAUUGAAUAUGUUAAAUUUCUUCAGCUCCAAGUGAAGGUUCUAAGCAUGAGCAGGCUGGGGGCAGCAGGGGCAGUUGUCCCUCUCAUCACAGAUUGUCACGCUGAGGCUGCUAAUGGAUUAUCUCUAAUGCCAUCAUCUGGUCAAGUACUACCUGAUGUGCCACCUUCUGAUAAAACUUCAUUCGAACGAGAAGUGAUGAAGUUGAUGGAAUCCAACGUGAGAAUGGCCAUGCAGUAUCUCCAAAGCAAAGGUCUCUGUCUCAUGCCUAUUGCUCUUGCUUCUGCUAUAUCCAGUGGCCAAGAAUCAUCAUCCAGCCCCUUUUCUGAGAACUGGAAGACAAAAAAUCGCUUUGUUGAUUGUCUUGUUCAUAACAAAAAUAACAGCACAGGCCAUAGCUUAUCUGGUUCUGAGAUCCAUCAUAACUCCUCCAAUGGGAAUUAUGUGAUUGAUAAGCUCAACAGAGAUAGCAACAUGAUUAGCAAAUGCAAUGAGGCUGCCAUUAAACCACAGGAGAUGAACUACUCCUAUUGCACUGCCAGGGAAUUGAAACCGAAAAUAUAACUUAGACUCAUAUUUAUACCUGGCUCGAAUUUUUACUAGAACAAGGUAAGUUCUAUGGCAUUUACUAUUGGUAGUCUUUUUAGUUUUUCUUACUAAGGUGGUGGGGGAAAGAAAUUAGAAAAUUUGGUAAGUUAUGUAAAAAGAUUUAUGUACAUAUUUGAUUCAAAUUUGCUUACUUAAAUGCAUAUAUCAUUUUGUCUAUA